CUGGAUGUUUUUGCACCGCUCGGCCAUCGACGACUCGCCCACGCCGGCAAGUUUUUGAUCAAAGUGAAAAGUUAUCUGUCUGCUUCAAACGGGGAGUCGCUGGCUAAACCUUUAGGAAUCGUUGAGAAUGGGUAGAGGACCAAAGAAGCAUCUGAAGAGAUUGGCAGCUCCAUCACACUGGUUGCUGGACAAGCUGAGCGGUGUGUACGCACCACGUCCAUCUGCUGGACCACACAAGCUUAGAGAGUCGUUGCCAUUGAUUGUGUUCUUGCGUAACCGUCUCAAAUACGCCCUCAACGGCCGUGAGGUGAAGGCUAUAUUGAUGCAGAGACACGUCAAAGUCGACAACAAGGUCAGAACCGACACCACGUUCCCAACCGGGUUCAUGGACGUGAUCACCUUGGAGGCCACCAACGAGAACUUCAGACUGGUGUACGACAUCAAGGGAAGAUUUGCUGUUCACAGAAUCACAGACGACGAGGCCACCUACAAGCUCGCCAAGGUUAAGAAGGUGCAAUUGGGCAAGAGAGGCAUUCCUUACGUCGUUACCCAUGACGGUAGAACAAUUCGUUACCCGGACCCAAACAUCAAGGUCAACGACACCGUCAAGAUCGACUUGACCACGGGUAAGAUCUCCGACUUCAUCAAGUUCGAUACCGGUAAGCUUGUGUACGUCAUUGGUGGCCGUAACUUGGGCCGUAUCGGAACCAUUGUCCACCGUGAACGUCACGAGGGUGGCUUCGACCUCGUUCACAUCAAGGACUCCCUUGACAACACCUUCGUCACCAGAUUGGCAAACGUGUUUGUCAUUGGCGAGCCUGGCAAGCCAUGGAUCUCAUUGCCAAAGGGCAAGGGUGUUAAGCUCUCCAUCUCCGAGGAACGUGAUAGAAGAAGAGCUCAGCAAUGA